AUGGUACAUCCUGAGGGGCAUUGUUCAUAUGGACCUUGCGGACGAAUCUGCCUGUAUGGAGUUCUGCGGAGUAAUGGUGGCAGGUCUCCUACUGGUCUUCUUCUUGUUUGGGGCGCUCGACUUCCUCCUACAGUACAGCAUGUUUUCCUGGGGAUUGCUACUGACGUACCUUUCAUCCAGUGUGCUGCUGCUUCUGAUGUGGAAGGUGUUCGAGUACGGAAUAGACAUCAACUCCAUCUUGGCGAAGGACCACGAAAUCUUGGCGGACGCUGCUGCCUAUGCUGCAUUUUUUCCGGAUGCCAAUGUGCUGAAGUCAGAAAGGGACUUUCGAAAAAGCAUGCGCAAAAGCAUGCACGCAGCAACGUCGGAAACCUCAGAAGAUGCGGACGACACGGCUUCGCAGCAUCCUGGUAG